AUGUCGCCCAAUCAUGGAGACACCGAUGAGGGGGAAGAGGACGAUUACAUGUCUAUGGUAAUCGAAGAGCCGAAGUUUAAGGAAACUUUUACCCAAAGGAAGCGUCGGGAACAACGUGAGGCAGAGGCCCGGGGAAAAGUCCCCUCCAAAGCCGAAAGAGCAGCCGAAGAAGCAGCGCGCCGCGAAGAAGCUCUAUCAAAGAGUACCCUAGACCCAGCGAAUAAGGGAUUCAAAAUGAUGGCGAAGCUAGGCUUCAAACCGGGACAAUCUCUUGGCAAGCGCGACACCGACACCGACAAGGCACCAGGUGAUGAGAACAAAGACGACAAGGACAGGCAAAAGGACAACAAGCACACCAAGAACUCAGCCACCCGAUCCGAGCCCCUGAAUCUUAUUUUCAAAGAAGACCGCGGCGGAAUCGGAAUGGAUGAGCAAAAGAAGCGCAAAAUCCGCGAUUAUCGCGAUCGGGUCCGAGAGGAGCGGGAAUUGAAACGCACUGAGGCGCAAGUACGAGCGGCACAGAAAGUUGUCGAGAGGCUGGAUACUGAGGAGGAGAAUAACACUAGCACUGGCGCUAGUGCUGCAUCUGCAGAUGCAUCUGCAUCGUCAUCGCGGGACUCAGCCCGGGACUCAGACGCAGACACACAGACGCAGUCCAAAGCAAACGACCAGGAUGGUGGUGUGACUGAUAACGACGCUAAAACCAACCCCAACCCCAACGCCGAUUACCCGCCAAGCACCGGGCCCAAAGUACAAAAACCCAAACACCAACAACAACACAAACCAACCGCCCAAAUCAACGUCCUAUAUCGCGGUCUCGUGCGCGAAAGAGAAAACCACGAGCGGGACAAACAAGCCCGUCACGCGCUCCACACAUCCCUCCCAUCAUCAUUCUUCCCAAAACAACGUCUUCCGACAUUCUCGGAAUCAGAACUAGAGCGAGAUCCAGAAGACGAACAGGCUCUUGGCACACGACUCGGACUCGAUUUCGACCCUUACACCGCUGCAGUGGAGCAGGAACUUGAAGAGGAAGAUCCGGAAUUGGAGGCGUUUAAUGAACUGCCGCCUUCGGAGAGAUUGCAUAAGUUAGUGCUGUACUUGCGGGAAACGUAUCGUUAUUGCUUUUGGUGUAAGUAUCGUUAUGAGCGGGAUGAUGAGUUGGAGGGUGUCCUGGUCUUACGGAGGAGGAUCAUGAUUGAUUGA